GGCAGCAGCUCAGAAGCUAGCCGAUAGCUAGCUAGCUAUUUAUAUCAAAAUGCAUAUUUUUUCGCCCCCAGAGGGGAUGCCCUAGGAGCCAAAUAAAUGUUUACUUGAAACGACACCGUUUAUGGGGCGAUUUGGGAAAUCGCGGGAGAAUUUUCUCCCAUUUUAGUGACCCGCAAAUCCCGUUUUUUCGGCCCCUGGAGCCACAGCGCUCGAACAAGAAAGCACCCGAGCCCCGUUUGCGGAUGUGAAGAAGGGACCUGGUGUAAUUUGGGGGUUUUAGCUAACCUGCGGUAGACUGGCAUUUUACCCGGAAUACUUUACAGCCUUGACUGGACGCUCCAGACACCACUUGAAGGACACACAAAAGUGAAAUAGAGGAUUUUCUUCCAUCCCUCCACACAAGUGUGAUCACACGGCUUUUCUCCUCAGCUCGACGCUUAAUCCGCCAUCACACUUUCCAGUCCUUCAGUGCCACUUGCUGAAAUGGAUUGGGCCACGCCGGCUGCCAAACUGAAUCCUUACACCCGCGCCCGCAUGACAGAGGCCUGGCAGCAGCAUGCAGUCGCUCCACCUCCAGUCGUCCACACCAUCCCUCCAGGAGCUGAGAACGCGUUGGGCUGCGCGGUGUACGGCAUUGUGCUGCAGCCGGACGCUACGUCUUUACAGCAGCAACAGCAGCAGCAGACGCAGCACGGACAGCACAGCCAACACAGCCAACAACACAGCGGGAGUCAGCAGCACGGCGGCGGGCAGCACAGUCAGCAGCAGCACCCCGCUCAGGCCCAGCAGACCUCCCUACAGGUAGGGACAGAUGCAGGACACAAGUGUGGGGCCUGUGGACAUGAUAUCUCCCACCUGUCCAACCCACAUGAGCACCAGUGCAUGGUGAAUCAGGACAGGUCGUUCCAGUGCACCCAGUGCAUGAAGAUUUUUCACCAGGCGACGGACUUGCUAGAACACCAGUGUGUUCAGGUGGAGCAGAAGCCGUUUGUGUGUGGGGUGUGUAAGAUGGGCUUCUCCCUACUCACCUCUUUAGCCCAGCACCACUCCUCCCAUAACAGCACCAACCCAAUGAAGUGUUCAAUAUGUGAGAAGACGUACCGGCCUGGUUCUUCGGGCAACAUCACACCAAACUCAAAUAAUCCCCAGCAGCCCAGCAGUGACGGGGCGUCAGCCAGCAGCAGCUCAUCCAUUCUCCCCUUUCCCUCGGCCCGAGACCGGCCGUACAAAUGCUCUGUCUGCCAGAAGGGCUUCAAACACCUGUCAGAACUCACGCGGCACGAGAGGGUGCACACAGGGGAGAAGCCCUUCAAAUGUGACACAUGCGACAAGGCCUUCAGCCAGUCGUCACACCUACAGCACCACCAGCGAACACACAGCAGUGAGCGCCCUUUCAAGUGUGCUGUUUGUGAAAAAAGUUUCAAGCAUCGUUCACACCUUGUUCGCCACAUGUACGUGCACUCGGGUGAGCACUUAUUCAAAUGCAACUUAUGCGAGCUGCACUUCAAAGAGUCGUCAGAGCUCCUUCACCACCCCUGCCACCCGCAGGGUUCUCGCCCGUUUCGCUGUGCCACGUGUGGUAAAGGUUUCAAGCGUCCGUCUGACCUCCGGCAACACGAGCGCACGCAUUCGGAGGAGCGUCCCUUCCACUGUGACGAGUGUCAGAUGAGCUUCAAGCAGCAGUAUGCGCUGGUGCGCCACCGACGCACACACAAAGACCCUACUGACCGGCCGUUCAAAUGCAAUCUGUGCGACAAGGGCUUCAUGCAGCCUUCUCACCUCCUCUACCACCAGCACGUCCACGGCAUGGACAACCUGUUCAAGUGCGCCUCAUGCCAGAAGGAGUUCAGCCAGUCAGGAGAGCUGCUAAGACACAAGUGCGGCGAGUCGUCCAACUCUUCGCCCGACAAGCCGUACAAGUGUGACGUUUGCGGCAAGGGUUACAAGAAGAGUUCUACGUUACAGCGUCAUCAAAACUCUCACUGCCAAGAGAAGCCCCUUAAGUGCUCGCUCUGCGACCGCCGCUUCCUGUCCUCUUCGGAAUUUGUCCAGCACCGCUGCGACCCGUCGCGGGAAAAGCCGCUGAAGUGCCCAGACUGUGAGAAACGUUUCAAAUACUCAUCAGACCUGAACCGACACCGGCGCGUGCACACGGGGGAGAAACCGUACAAAUGCGGCCACUGCAACAAGGGCUUCAAACAGCGCGAGCACCUCACCAAACACCAGAGCACGCACUCCAGAGAGGGCCAGUUCAAGUGUGUUUGGUGUGGCGAGCGUUUCAGUGACUUGGGCUCUUUGCAGGAUCAUACGGUGCAGCACACAGCCGAUGGAGGCGGUUACCCCGUGCCCCAGUGCAUAUAAAUCUCUGAAGACUUUCUCUGUUGAAACUCCUGUCCACAUGUCCAUCCUUUGUAGGCUUUUUAAUUUAGCCUAACUGUCACCACAUUAUUAUUGCAUUCAUUCCCACCAGUGAUAUCUCAUGAUUCUGCUUUACUAACCCGCCCAAAGCCCCGUUUAACUGUGACGCAGUCAUUCCAUUAGACCUGAGCUUUUUUCUCUUUGCUCCUUUUCUUCUUCUACCUGUCCUCUCCCCCUUUUCUUCAGACAGAAAGCAGUGAAGAGACCAAAACCACUUAGACUGCCAUCAUUCAUGCUUAUGCUGCGCUCAAAUGGAAGCAUUGAGUCACGUAAAGUCGUGAACUCGGAGCUCACCACGUUUACAUGCACAGUUCAGUCGAGCUUCAGUUAAAGCUCGAUUAAGCCAAUUAAUUAUUAAUGAGACUAUUGUCCUCGUCCCAGUAUACAAACACAGAGGAAGAAUCGAUUUAUUGACAGAAAUAUGUCCAACUUCACCAUGGUUGGUAAAGUUUUGACCCGUUCAGCUAGCUGCUAUGGUACCUUCUUCUGGUUAGUAAACAGGUUUCAUGUUGAACGAUGAAAAUAUGUAAAACUUUUCGGUGCCGUACAUUUAAUACGUUCACUACGUUUUACUUUUUACCUUUGUUUUGUUUAAUUUCAAAUUUAAUUUGUUACGGUUUUAGUCAAAAUAACUGUUUAUAUGUAUUUUAAAUGUCCAGUUAUAGUCGGACUAACACAAUAAUUCGACUUUUUCUAAAAUCACGUUAACGUACUGAGCGACGAGAUUGUGAAUACCACAAAAAGGGGGCAUUCAUAUGCAGGGUUCCCAUGGUCCUGAAAAACCUAAAAAAAAAAAAAAAAAAAAUUGAAUUUCAAAAUCAAAUUUUCCGGCCCUGGAAAAGUAAAGUCUGAAAUUUUUGAAUAGUUAUGGAAUUAACUUGUUACAGUACCCUGUUGAUUACCUUUCAUGUAAUGUAACAUAAUGCCGAAUUGUCGACAGGACGUCGCUCUUAUAUCCGUCUGUGUGUUUCUUACCAUCAUGUACGUUUCUUCAUUUCUUUCCGUCCCUCGGUUCAUGUCUGGCAGCUACUUAAAAUUAAGUUUGAAUAAAGUUGCAGUCGGAUUUGUGUGAAAAGCGCUGGACAGGUGGGACAAUAACA